AACAUUUUCAGUUGGCCCCAAGAACCACACACCGCGUUCAGAAAUUUCGAAGCGCAAGUGGGCAUCCGAGGAAUGUUAUAUAGGUGAGAAGCGUCAACGGGCAACACAAAUCCAGUCGAACCUUCUCACCCAAUUACAAGAAGGAUCAUCAAACUAUCAUCAUCAGCAGUAUCGUCCACCACUUCCAUUACUUCCACCACCAACUGUAGAUCAGCACUAUCUUCAGCAAUUAGCCAUGAUGAACGCAAGCACCAAGUUUAGUGACAAUUACGAUGUGAAGGAGGAACUUGGAAAAGGUGCCUUCUCAGUUGUUCGUCGUUGUGUUCAUAAAACCACGGGCCUCGAGUUUGCUGCCAAAAUCAUCAACACAAAGAAGCUAUCCGCUCGUGACUUUCAGAAACUUGAGAGGGAAGCCAGAAUUUGCAGAAAACUCCAGCAUCCAAAUAUUGUUAGACUACACGACAGUAUUCAAGAGGAAUCAUUCCAUUAUCUGGUUUUUGAUCUCGUUACCGGAGGAGAACUGUUUGAGGACAUUGUUGCUCGCGAGUUUUAUUCAGAAGCGGAUGCAAGUCAUUGCAUUCAACAAAUUCUCGAAUCGAUUGCUUAUUGCCACUCUAACGGUAUUGUUCACAGAGACUUGAAGCCAGAAAACUUGCUUCUCGCAUCUAAAGCGAAGGGAGCUGCUGUAAAGCUUGCCGAUUUUGGUCUUGCAAUCGAAGUGAACGAUAGUGAAGCAUGGCACGGAUUUGCUGGAACUCCAGGAUACUUGUCGCCAGAAGUUCUCAAGAAGGAUCCAUACUCAAAGCCAGUUGAUAUCUGGGCUUGUGGUGUCAUUCUGUACAUCCUUCUUGUUGGAUACCCACCAUUCUGGGAUGAGGACCAACACCGUUUAUACGCACAAAUCAAGGCUGGAGCCUAUGAUUACCCGAGCCCCGAAUGGGAUACGGUGACCCCGGAGGCAAAAAGCCUCAUCGACAGCAUGCUGACGGUGAACCCAAAGAAGCGUAUCACCGCUGAUCAGGCCUUGAAAGUCCCAUGGAUUUGCAAUCGCGAACGCGUUGCAUCAGCUAUCCACAGACAGGAUACUGUUGACUGCUUGAAGAAAUUCAAUGCAAGGCGGAAGUUGAAGGGUGCCAUCCUCACGACGAUGAUUGCCACUCGAAACCUAUCAAAUUUAGGUCGCAAUCUGCUAAACAAAAAAGAGCAAGGACCACCAUCGACAAUCAAGGAGUCGUCAGAGUCAUCACAAACAAUCGACGACAACGAUUCGGAAAAAGGUAACGAGUGAUUCCAAACAUUUUUAAGUUUUGCUCUAUCUUUCUUUCUUUCUUUAUCUCUUUCUCUUCCUUAUAUUUAUACAUCUAAUAGUUAGAUAUUCACAUCUUGUUUAUCAUCAGAAACAACACUAUUUAUACCCAAUUAGAUAAUACCCAGGGAUCGAGAAGAUCCGGAAGAUCCGCUUGCUUUCAUGCAGUCUCUGUCCGUGUCCUCCCACUGAUGUCCAUUGUCCCCCCAGCUUUGAAUGUUCCCACCCUCCCACCGUACCUAAUGUAAUCUUGAAAUUUUUUAAGAUCUCUAAAAGUUCAUUCCUAAUAUUCCUAAAUUACUAAAUAAAUGUUUUGUGUGCGUCACCAAUUUGUUUCGCGAUUCAAGGUUGCUAAGAAGUACAGAAAGUGCAUUAAAAAAGACAGAUGAGAGUAGUCUAAUUGUAUUCCAGGAUUUUUCAUUUCUUUCUCUAUUUCUCUCACUACCUCUCAACUCUUUUUUCUAUUUACUUCUCAUCUGUCUGAAUUCACGGAUGCACUGUUUCUCUCUGUUUUUUUGGCAACAAUAAUUAAUGCACAUAUACCUCGAAUCGUGAAAAUUGUCUCGCACACAAACCUUUUUUAUUUUUCCUUAGUUAUCUAGGAACUAGGUUAAUAUAGACGGCCUAGCUUUUUUUAGUGAAGUUGAGUAAUAGUUCAUGAGUGAUAGAAUGGUGGUGUAGAAAAAUAAGCUUUUGUGGCAGUCUCUAGAAGAUAUUAUAAUUCGAUUGUAAAGCUUCUCGGUAUUUUAAUUUUAAGCAGUAUCGUCUGCAUGUGUCGUUCUAUAUUAUUUAUGAACACUUGUUUUUGAGUCAUUUUGAUUCUCUCCGAAAGUGUGCACGAUUUAUAAUAUUCUUCUAAUUGUGCCAGUUAUGAUUUUAUCGAAUUAUUUUUCUCUCUCGCCUUUUAUCUUUAAUUUCACUGCUUCUCUAUCUUGCAAACUUGUGAAAGAAACAAUUUAAGAUUGGAUUAAAGAGUUUUUGGGUUAGAAUUAACAAAAAAAAAUACAAAAUUAUUUUUUUUUUCUAGAAACAAGCAACAUUUUUUUUGAAGAAUCUAAAGUGAACGAAAAUAUAUGUUUUCAAUGUAGGAUAGUGAUUUAAAUUUUAGUUGAUACAAAAAUCAGAUGAUCUUUUUCGAAGCCCAGUAGAAUUAACUUUUCUCAUUUUAAGAUCCCAACUACAACUUACAAGAGGUUUCCAACUCUUCAAAAAAUCCAAUCAAUAUCGAUUAUUUCUUGAACAAGUAAACUUUCCACACUAUCCUCACACUUUCCAUUAAAACAUUCUCUGAUCAUUACUUCAAUCUAUCCAAGCCAAUUCUUUCCCACUGACUCUUUUUUGCUGGUGCUCAGGUGGUGGACAGCUGAAACACGAGAACACGGUUGUCCGGGCUGAUGGUGCAACUGGAAUCGUCUCAUCUUCCAACUCAUCUACAGCCAGCAAGUCUUCGUCAACAAAUCUAUCAGGUAGGAAUAGAAAUAAUACAUGUGAAUGAGGAAUGCUAUAUGCUAACAUUUGCUUCAUUUUUUCUUUUUAAUAUAACAUAACUGUUGUGCUUGUGGUAUUUCUUUAACAAAACAGCAUGAAAUUUUCGCUUACUGCGUGGCGUAACUCUUUCUCACCAGACAAUUGCAUGAUAAUUGUGGAAUAAUUUAUAAUAACGAGAAAAUAAUAGAGAAAACAAGAAAAUCUUGGAGCAAAAGGGAAGUAGGAAAGACAAAAGCUAUCUCAGCUCAUGAUCUUCAAAAAAAUGUUUUCACAUGCAUUCGUUUUUUUUCUGUGCCAGCAGUGACUUAUCGAUAUUUUGAGGUAUACUUUCAAAAGAAAAAGACACAGAAACUUAGAGACCCACAAGUCUGGUGGGGAGGGCUAAUUUCCCUCCCUUUUGCUCCUCGUUUUCGCCGCUCGUUCUUCUCCUUCUACUCCUCCUCCUUUUCCCCCCCGUCUUCUACUUUUUAUUUUUCCAUCUCUCUUUUUCUUACUUUUAUCGACUACUAAAACAUUUUCACGGAACAUUUUUCAUUAACUCCUUAUGUCUGUUCAAAGAUGAAUGGUAAGAUUGUGUGACUUUUAGCAUGAAACAUUAAUAUUCAAAUUGUUAAAUGUUGGAAUCUAAGUGGCAAGUUUAUGUUUUGAACAGAAAUUUUAAAAAAAGUAUUUAGUUUUUUUCAUAAGAGAAAUUAGAACUUACAACCACAUCUGCAAAGAUUCAAGCAUUUGAUAAAUCAGAAUAAAUCGUAUUUUUUUUCAAAUUACCGUUGCUACCUACAAACAAAUUCAUCUUUUUUGUAGUUUGAAUGGAUUUGUGAUAUGUGUAGAUGGAUUCAAAGAUUUGAAGAUACAAUGACAACAUUCUGCAGAAUUGCAGUUGUAUCUUUAAUUCAAAAUGUAAUAUUUUGUUAUUCAUUGCCGGCGUUUUACAGCUCAAAAACAGGAUAUUGUACGGGUGACUCAGACGUUGUUGGAUGCAAUUUCAUGCAAGGAUUUCGAAACAUACACAAGAUUAUGCGACACUUCGAUGACAUGCUUUGAGCCGGAAGCACUUGGUAACCUUAUCGAAGGCAUCGAAUUUCACAGAUUUUACUUUGAUGGAAAUCGGAAAAACCAAGUGCACACAACAAUGCUCAAUCCGAAUGUGCAUAUCAUUGGAGAAGAUGCCGCGUGUGUUGCUUACGUGAAAUUGACACAGUUCUUGGAUAGAAACGGAGAAGCUCAUACCCGUCAGUCACAAGAAUCACGUGUGUGGUCAAAGAAACAAGGCCGUUGGGUGUGUGUUCAUGUACAUCGAUCAACACAACCAUCAACAAAUACAACAGUAUCUGAAUUCUAGAAGAACCUUCUUUAUGCCUAUUUUUCUCUUCGUUUCCUAACAUCAUCUACGUCAUCAUCAUCUCUCUAGGCAAUAUUUUCCCCGAUAUUUUCUUUUGAGCCAUUUCAAUUCAGUUUUGAUGACCAAAAAAAACAAUUAUGUUUCGUUUUUCAUAGCAUUAUCUGCUUUUUUCUUGUUCUCUUUCUUGUCCCAUUCUCUCAGAUAUAUGGUUUUUGGGUGACCCAUCUUUUUUCUCCUUUUAUAGUCUCACAAAAAAGUGUCGUCGGUUUUUUUUUCAAUUUUUUAUUUCAAAAAAAGCUUCUCUUGUUUUCUCUCCCCUGUUCUUUCCUCGUUUACUCUGAACAAAUCUGAAUAGCAUUUUCGAUUAAAACAAUAUAUCUCUCUUUUUCUAAUUUAUUUGUGAAUCACCCCUCUUCCCUCCAAUAAAUUAACCUUCCCCAUUCACUUCCCCUUCUUAAAAUCUGUUAGUUUCCCCCACCAUCAUUUUUAUCUAUGAUAUUUCCAUUUGCACAAGGCCCACAAUUUGUAUUUUAUUGGAACGCCCCCACCUUCCCUCCCGUCUCGAGAUCACUCGUUUUCUAUUUUUUUUUUGCUCUCAACUUAUACAACCUCUCGUUGUUUUGUCAAUUCAGUAUGUGUUUCGUCUGGAUCCGAAAAAAAAUGAAUGUAUUAUUUGUCAUUUCGAUCGAUAUGAUGACAAAUGCAACAA